ACAUAAAAGCAUAUAGUAACUGAUACAAUAGGGAAGUCAGCUCAUGCCUGGAAAGUAGCGGGUCCAAAAUAUUUCCUGCCAUGUAAAACUUUAACCUAACCAGCGGAAGCUCAUAUUUGGAGGGCCCAAAAAUGUUUCAGGGAGGAUAGAAGGAUUAGAACCAUAAAUAGAGGGAGAUAAGCUUUUAAUGCAGAGGAAUGCUUCGGGUACCUGUGUCGUACUCGGCUUAAUGCACUGGACUGCACUAGAAACCAUUCCCAAUACACUAUAGUAUCUUUCUACAGAUGUACCUUAAGAUAUGGUCAGAAGAGCCUUUGAGACCAGAGUAAAGCAAGUGCAUGUCAACGUUACACUUACAUGGAUAGAGAACCAAAGUCGAAGCUCUCAUGGCUGCAGAUAUGCCAGGCUUCGAUUGACACGAGAGAGAAGGAAAAGUAGCGCAGUACACUGCUAGUAUCCUAUACGAAGUAGUAGUGUUUAAUAAUAAGCAUAGACCUGUGCAAAAUAAAAAAGGCAGGCUUGGCUUAUUGGGGCUCUGCUGCUGCUCUCUCUCCCUCUCUUAUUACUGGGUGGACUUGGCUAUUCAAAAUGCUAGAAAAGGCCAAUUUUGUGCAACCGUUGCCUCCCACGCGUCAACACUCUUCUUUUAAUUCUGCCUUGGCUCAGUCUUAAUUACUCUCUUAUCUUGCUAUAUAGUUUUUUUCUUUGUCGUCGUUGCUACUGUUGCUUUUGAAUCAAAGGUGUAGCUAGUAAUCUUAAAUUAUUAAAUAUUAAUCUCCUCUUCUUGGUUUUUCCGGCGACGGUGAGAAAAUGUCGCCGGGCAGUAAGAGAAAAUUCAAGGCUGGAAUGGAAAACAAGCACUACCCUGCGCCUCUUGCCUCUCAUGAAGAUGUUGUUAACGACCCUUCUGUUUUUUGGGACACUCUCAGGCGCUUUCAUUUUGUAAUGGGCACCAAAUUUAUGAUACCUGUGAUUGGAGGGAAGGAGCUAGAUUUGCAAGUUUUAUAUGUAGAGACAACUAACAGGGGUGGUUAUGAUAAGGUUGUUGCAGAGAAGAAAUGGAGGGAAGUGGGUUCUGUGUUUUGUUUCUCUGCAACAACAACAAGUGCUUCUUUUGUAUUGAAGAAACACUACUUUAGCCUCCUUUAUCAUUACGAACAGGUCCACUUCUUCAAGAUCCAGGGUCCAGUCUCUACUCCAGCAGUUGCAUUUCCUCUUGGCAGCCCUUCAAGCAAAACUGAACUGGCUAUUGUGGAAUAUUCUCCAGAACCCAUAAGGGAUUGUCCUGAUCCGUCUACCGAAAGCUCUUCGUCUUUUUCAGCCAGUGGGACAAUAGAAGGGAAAUUUGAUUGUGGUUACCUGGUCUCGGUGCAAUUAGGUUCAGAGGUUCUCCAUGGAGUGCUUUACCAUCCUGACCAGCAGGACUUGUCUAAUUCUAUUCCUCAAUAUGAUGGUGCCAUUGUCCCAUACACUCCCAACCGCAGGCGUCGGAGGAGGAGAAGCAGAAGAUCGGGGGAUCCCAGCUACCCCAAACCCAACAGGAGUGGCUACAACUUCUUCUUUGCUGAGAAACACUAUAAGCUGAAAUCGCUUUACCCCAAUAGAGAAAGGGAGUUUACAAAAAUGAUAGGCCAGUCAUGGAGCAGUCUCAGCGCAGAGGAGAGGAUGGUUUACCAAAACAUUGGCUUGAAAGACAAGGAAAGAUACAAGAGAGAACUGAAAGAGUACAAGGAGAAACUUCAGCUCAGGCAAGCCAUGGAAGUGGAGCUGAAUAUUAAAGCUCAAGACGUUCAGGAUUGACCCAAACCAGAAAAUUAAUUUCAUGCCAAAAAAAAAUAUAGUGCAUGCAUAUCUGACUCUCCGGUCUAUCUGUGGAUGUAAACUAUUGUUAUGGAUGCUCAAUACAAUCAUUAUUACUGCA